ACAGGCAAGGCAGUGACUGUGAGAUUCUGGCACCAUGGCCUAUGCACAGGAAAGGAAAACUCUCCCUUGUGCUCUUCUGCUGCUCUUCGUGAGCUUCCAGGCCCUCAUCACUCCUGUCUCAAAGGCCGAUGAGGAAACGGCCGCCUCUAUUUACUUCCUUCCCACAGUGGAGUUUGCUGUGGACACGUUCAACCGGAAAAGUCAGGAGGAAUAAGCCUACAGGGUGGAACAUAUCCUGAGUUCCUGGAAGGAGGAGGUGAAUUUUCCAACUGUUUACUCCAUGAAGCUUCAGCUGCGUAGAACCGUGUGCAAGAAAUUUGAGGAAAGCCUUGACACUUGCCACUUUCAGCAGAGCUACAGUCCAAAUAAUACCUUCAUCUGCCUGUUCACUGUUGGUACCUUUUUCUGGGUAACAGAGUUCAAGCUCUACAAGCAUGAGUGCUCAUAGUUCCUCAGGUUGGAGUCAUCAUGAAGAGGUUAUCCUUGGCAGGGCCUCUGUGUGCUCAUGUCCCUUGUUUGGUAACAUUGUGUAGUGCCAAGACUGAGUAUGCCGAUAAUAACCAAGAAAAUUUCAUAUUGCUCUUGUUUCAUCAUUUAGAAUAGCUCAUUAAAUAUUGCAUUUCUGACAACUUUCCGCGUGUGUUUUUAGAGGAAGAACCAUGGGCUUGGUGGUGGGGACAGUUUGAGUUUCUAAGAUGUUCCCCUAACCUUGAC